GCUCCCCCUCCCGCCGGCGCUGCGGCCGCUCCGCUCCGAGGCCGCGGCGCGUCCCCGCCAUGGCCGCCCGGGCCCCCCGCUUCCCUCGGGCUCCUCCCGCCGCCCGCCGCUCCCCGCCGCCUCCCGCCGCCCUCCUGCUCGCCCUGCUCCUGCUCCUGGCCGGGCCGCUCGGCGGGGCCCGCGCUUUGACAUGUCUGUGCUCUGACUGCAAACAAGCCAACUCCACGUGUGAGACGGACGGCGCCUGCAUGGUCUCGGUGUUCAACCUGGAUGGAGUCAAACACCACGUUCGGACCUGCAUCCCUGAGGCAAAACUGAUCCCUGCUGGGAAACCCUUCUAUUGUCUGAGCUCAGAGGAUCUGCGUAAUACUCACUGCUGCUACUCCGAUUUUUGCAACAAAAUUGAUUUAAUGGUUCCCAGUGGACACCUGAAAGACAACGAGCCCCCCUCAAGCUGGGGUCCCGUGGAGCUGGUGGCGGUGAUCGCCGGGCCCGUGUUCCUCGUGUUUGUUGUCAUGAUCAUCGUGGUGUUCGUGUUCCACCACCACCAACGGGUCUAUCACAACCGCCAGCGGCUCGACAUGGAGGACCCUUCUUGUGAAAUGUGCCUUUCCAAGGACAAGACCUUGCAAGAUCUGGUCUAUGAUCUCUCCACCUCCGGCUCCGGCUCAGGCUUGCCUCUGUUUGUCCAGCGCACCGUGGCUCGGACGAUCGUGCUCCAGGAGAUCAUCGGCAAGGGCCGCUUCGGGGAGGUGUGGCGGGGCAGGUGGCGCGGAGGGGACGUGGCCGUGAAGAUCUUCUCCUCCCGUGAGGAGCGCUCGUGGUUCAGGGAGGCAGAGAUCUAUCAGACCGUGAUGCUGCGGCACGAGAACAUCCUGGGCUUCAUCGCUGCGGACAACAAAGAUAACGGGACGUGGACUCAGCUGUGGCUGGUCUCUGACUACCACGAGCACGGCUCUCUCUUUGACUACCUGAACCGCUACACAGUGACCAUCGAGGGCAUGAUCAAGCUGGCCCUGUCUGCUGCCAGCGGGCUGGCCCACCUGCACAUGGAGAUCGUGGGCACUCAGGGAAAACCUGGGAUCGCUCACAGGGACCUGAAAUCCAAGAACAUCUUGGUGAAGAAGAACGGCACGUGUGCCAUCGCUGACCUGGGCCUGGCCGUGCGGCACGACUCCGUCACCGACACCAUCGACAUCGCGCCGAACCAAAGGGUCGGCACCAAACGAUACAUGGCCCCAGAAGUCUUGGAUGAAACCAUCAACAUGAAACAUUUUGAUUCAUUUAAAUGUGCCGAUAUCUACGCCUUGGGCUUGGUGUACUGGGAGAUUGCCCGAAGGUGCAAUGCAGGAGGUAUCCAUGAGGAGUAUCAGCUUCCCUACUACGACCUUGUACCCUCUGAUCCUUCCAUUGAGGAGAUGCGCAAGGUCGUGUGUGACCAGAAAUUACGGCCAAACAUCCCAAACUGGUGGCAGAGCUACGAGGCACUCCGGGUGAUGGGCAAGAUGAUGCGGGAGUGCUGGUACGCCAACGGAGCGGCUCGGCUCACCGCCCUCCGCAUCAAGAAAACCCUCUCCCAGCUCAGUGUCCAGGAAGAUGUGAAAAUUUAGGCUCUGAGCCUCAGCAGGAGGAAACUGCACAGGAGCUGCUGUGCUAGAGUAGACGUGUGAUGGAGGCCUACCUCGUGUUUCAGCCCAACCUACUGCUACAACCAGACAGCGGGACCUGCAGGCUGCUAGGCAGGGGGACGGAGCCUACAGAGACGCUCUCUUCCCUGCUCGGGUAUGAAACAAUCCGAAACCUUUUUGUGAUCACCUCCUGAGAGCGUGGAGACUUGAGAGGGACUUCACCCGAGGGAUCUCAGCCAUGAUCGUAACUCUUUGUUCCUUUCAAGGAAAUCCCUGUAAAGUUGAGCACCCACCGGCGGGGUCGGAGCCAGCCCCGGGUGCUCGGUGCGGGAGCGGGAAGGGAAAGGGAAGGUUUUUCUUUGCCAUACUCUCGAGGAUUUUUCCAGGGACUGGCACGUUCACACAGAAAAAGCAAAACAAAUGGUGCUCUCUUCCAAGAGGCUGAGCCGGAACAGUUGAUCAGCUUCACAAAAACCGUUCCCCCUCCUUUUCUUAAGCUUGAAACAAAAAGUCCAACUCAGCGCCCUGACGGCCGUCGGGGCACCCCGGUGUCUGCAUGCGCGAGGCGCGCGUGUCCCCGUGCCCUGCCCGGUCAUCUCCUCCCCGUAGCCGUGCGGUGUCUGCCCGUGGGUGGCUCAUCUCUGUCCGUGCUUCCUGUGCAUGUGCAAAUCUCGAGUGUCCCGUUCCGUGAGCUGUUUGCGCUGGUGCUCUCCGUGCUGAGUCGUGAGCGUCGUGGAGCUUGGACAGGCUGCUGCAGAGCGGAUCCCCGGCUCUCCGCCGCCGGCUGCCGCAGUGUCCCGUCAGGUUGCCUCACUGCCACCCCCUUCCCUUUUUUUUAAGACAAAUAAGGAACUGAGAAUGGCUCCUGGAAUCCAGGUUUUUUUUGUCUCGAGCCCCUGGGGUUUGUAAUUCUCGGCAGCGGGGAGCUGAGAUGUGUCAGAGGUGGAGCAGGCACGUGGGGAAAGCAGGACUGGGUUCUCCUGGGAAUGCAAUUCCCAGCUCCACCACCCAGGCAGGUUUCUGGGGGCCUGGUGCUGCUGCAGGUUGGGGACAGAGUGGCUGCACAGUGCCCAGGCAGAAAGGGACCUGGGGACACUGGUGACAGCCCAUUAAACAUGAGCCAGCAGUGUGCCCUGGUGGCACCCUGGCCUGUGUCAGGAAUGGUGUGGCCAGCAGGAGCAGGGAGGUCACUCUGCCCCUGUGCUCAGCACUGGUGAGGCCACACCUCGAGUGCUGUGUCCAGUUCUGGCCCCUCAGUUUAGGAAAGACAUUGAGGGGAGGGCAGAGAGGCUGGAGAGGGGCUUGGAACAGAAGCCCUGUGUGGUUGAGGGAGCUGGGGUUGUUUGAUCUGGAGAAAAGGAGGCUCAGGGGUGACCUUAUCGCUCUCCACAGCUCCCUGAAAGGUGGCUGUAGCCAGGUGGGGAUCAGUCUCUGCUCCCAGGCAAACUACUGACAGAAGGAGAGGACAGAGCCUUAAGCUGCACCAGGGGAGGUUCAGGUUGGACAUCAGAAAAAAAUUCUUCACUGGAAGAGUGACUGGGCACUGGAAUCGCCUGCCCAGGGAGGUGGUGGAGUCACCAUCCCUGGGCAUGGUGGAAAAAAGACUGGACGUGGCACUCAGGGCCACGGUUUGGUUGAUGAGGAGGGGUUGGGUUAGGUCACAGGUUGGACCUGGUGGUCUCAGAGGUCUUCUCCAACCUGGCUCACUCUGUGAUUGUGUGAUCUGAGUUCUGGGGAUGCUCUGCACCUCCCAGAGGUGCGGGGCAGGAUCUGACAGCAGGUGUGGGUUGGGAAUUCAACAUCCAUCCUUUGAAUAUAGGUGUAUAAAUAUCCCCUAAUGUGCAAGUGGCUGUGUCUCCGUGUGGGGUGGGGGGAUCUGCGUGGGUUUCUUUUGAUUCAAUGCCAGGUGAGGGAGAGGUGGGGUGACCACAGCAAACGUGGAGUGAGGGCUGUGGCUGCCGGGGUGACCUCGGCAGUCGGGAGGAGCCGUGGUGUGUCAGUGUCUGCAGCAGAGAACUCUGAAGCCAUAACUUUUAACUGGAGUGGUUUGGAUUAUUAUUUUUUUAAUUAUUAUUGUUGUUGUUAUUAUUAUUAUUAUUAUUGUUUUCUGGGAGGGUCUGGAUUUUAACUUUUUUGAAUCUUGUUAAUUCUUUCUAAGAGCAGAAAAACAAUCUCUAAUUAUUACCUCUUGACCUGUUGGUUUGUAAAGAAAUCACUGAAAAAAAAAAAAAAAAAGAAGAAGAAAACCAAAUGCACAGCUUGAUUUACACUGGAACUGUUUCUACUCUGACCUUGCUCCUGCUCUCUAAGGUGAGGUUUCAUCUCUGCUCCGGCCGCCAGGGUUAAAUCUUUAUUUCAGUCCCUCUGUUCUUGCCGUCUGUGUCCCUGUCCGUGUGUCCCUCUCCCCCGAUUCCCUGUGUGUCCAUGACCUUGUACAGAGUGAGGAGUGUGGAUUUUGGGUUUUUGAAUCAUGUUAGGAGCCGUUUUGCAUCCCCCAAGGAGUUUUUGGCAGCGUGGAUCUGCUGUGGGAGCAGGGAUGGGGCUCCCCCGUCCCCUCCCGGCUUGUCCUGAGUCACAUCUCAGCCAGAGGUUUCUGCAGUGCCCCUUAAACCAAGGGGGAUUUAAACCCUAAAAGGACUCCCAGGCCACUGGAACAGGCCCUGGGGGAAGGACAGGAGGGGACAUCACCCCUCUGUGGGCACCACAGGCUCUCCCUUGGCUCUGCCCUCCCAGCGCACCCAUGGGUGCCGCCGGCUCCGCAACUCGCACCGAGCUCUCCCCGUCCUACUGUAGCCACACUGCACCUGCCUCAGCAAAAACCAAACAGCGCCAGCGAGCAGGGCCGGGCUGGAGGGGAGCAGGGGAGGGCAACCUCCCCACGGGCAGCGUUUUAGGAGAAGUUUUGUCCCAGAGAGGUGGGAAAAGCGCGCGGGGUCCGCGGCAGGAGCGCUGGCCAUGUAGCAUUUACACAGCACUUUCACCCAAACUGGUGCCCGGGGGUGCCGGUGCUUGCAGAGCUGACGGAGCACGUGGGAAUCUCUGCCUGGCUCCAAAACCUGCAGCAGCUCUGGGGAAAAAGCAGCAGAAUUCCAGGCAGUUUCCAGGGGAGCCCGGUGCAGGACAGGGAGGGGGUUCAUCAGCGGUACGUGGCUGCAGGACAGAACUCUUGGUACUUCUCUGCCCCUUUGAUUUGUUUGGUUUUGUACAUUUUCUUAGCAAAGGACUGUAAGAAAAUAGCCACUUAGCCACUUUACCUCUUCAGUAUGCAAAUGUACAUACGGUGUAAGAUAGGAAAUCUUUUGUUUAAUAUAAAACCAGGCUGUCGAUUUCUGCUGUACAUUAUUAAAAGUUUGUUUUAUUCA